AGCACUACGCGCGAUGAUUGGUCCUCCCCUAGGCAGCAAGACCCGGCACGCGGUCAACCGGGGAAGGACGUUGCCCGAGGGAGAGCUGGCACCCAGCGAGGUCGGGCCACCCCAAGGCCCGGAACGUGGUCCCCGCAGAAAGACGCGCCCGGGAAAGGAUGAGCAGGCACCCUGCGAGGCAGGUCGCGUUGCGACGUUGGCUGGGGGCGUUGCAACGGAUGCUGGGGACGUUGCAACGGAGGCAGGGCGCGUCGCAACGUUGGCUGGGGGCGUUGCAACGUUGGCUGGAGGCGUUGCAACGGAGGCCGGUCGCGUUGCAACGGAUGCCGAACGCGUUGCAACGUUGGCUGGUGACGUUGCAACGGAGGCAGGGCGCGUUGCAACGUUGGCUGGGGGCGUUGCAACGGAGGCAGGUCGCGUUGCCACGGUUGCUGGUGACGUUGCAACGGAGGCAGGGCACGUUGCAACGUUGGCUGGUGACGUUGCAACGGAGGCAGGGCGCGUUGCAACGGAUGCUGGUGACGUUGCAACGGAGGCAGGGCGCGUUGCAACGGUGGCUGGGGGCGGUGCAACGGAUGCAGGUCGCGUUGCCACGGUUGCUGGUGACGUUGCAACGGAGGCAGGGCGCGUUGCAACGUUGGCAGGGCGCGUUGCAACGUUGGCUGGGGGCGUUGCAACGGAUGCUGGGGGCGGUGCAUCGUUGGCUGGUUUCGUUGCAACGGAGGCACCCGCCGUUGCAACGAUGGCUCGGAGCGUUGCAACGAAGGAGCCAAAUUUUCAUAUCUCAUAA